AUGUACCCCUACUCCACAUUAUCAGCAGCGGCCAAGGAAGUCAGGUUGUUGACGCUGAUGCCCGGUUGUGACAACGAUCCCAUCGAGGCGUCUCUCAGCACGGAAUCUUUGCACGGCGGAUCCAUCUAUGAAGCUCUCUCAUAUGUCUGGGGAUCAACGGGCAACAAACCCAACAUUACUCUCGAUGGCGUGACAUUCGCCAUCACGCAAAACCUCCACGCGGCUCUGAAGCGACUGAGGCUACAGCAUCAGAGUCGAUUGCUGUGGGUCGACGCCAUAUGUAUCAAUCAAGAUGACACAUCCGAGAAGUCCUCCCAGGUGGCCAUGAUGAGCGAAAUCUAUAGCAAGACGACCAAGGGCCUGCUCUGGCUUGGC